AUGGCAGCAGAAUUCGAAGACGGUUUUCCCGCCGAAAAGCUCUUCAACCAAGGCUAUUCGCACACAUACGACGACGUUAUUUUCCUUCCUCACUACAUAGACUUCCCAACCGAUGCCGUUAACCUCUCAACUAAACUCUCUCGCAACAUCCCUCUCUCUAUCCCAUGCGUUUCCUCUCCCAUGGACACCGUUACGGAGUCCUACAUGGCGGCAGCCAUGGCGGCGGUCGGUGGAAUUGGGAUUAUUCACUCUAAUGUAACACCGUCUGAGCAAGCUGAUAUGAUCAGAUCCGUCAAGUCACGCCGUGUGCCUAUCUUGUCGAGUCCAGUUUUUAAGGCGCCUGAUUCACGGAUUGUUAAUGAGUUUGACGGCGAUGAUGUUCCUUUUGUUUUUGUCACUCAAUCAGGGAAUAAUAAGUCGAAGUGGCUGGGAUAUGUGGCGAAGUCUGAUUGGUUGGGGUUGAAAGAUAAAGAAAUAAAAUUGGGAGAGAUUAUGCGCAUGGAUGCAAACGUGUCCGUGCCAUGGGAUUAUGAUUUGGGGCAGAUUGAUGGGAAGUUAAAAGAGGAAGGACGUGAUUUUGUGGUGGUGGAGAAGGAUGGAGCAGAGGUAGUGGAUGUGGUGACGAAGGAGGAGGUUGAGAGGGUGAAGGGAUAUCCUAAGUUAGGGAAGGGAACGGUCGGGUCUGAUGGGAGGUGGAUGGUGGGGGCGGCGAUUGGGACGAGGGAGUCGGAUAAGGAGAGAUUGGAGCAUUUGGUGAAGGCAGGGGUUGAUGUUAUUGUGUUGGAUAGUUCACAAGGGAAUUCUAUUUAUCAGAUUGAGAUGAUUAAGUAUGCGAAGCAGACUUAUCCCGAGUUGGAUGUGAUUGGUGGGAAUGUGGUGACAAUGAGUCAAGCACAGAAUUUGAUUAAGGCAGGUGUGGAUGGGUUGAGAGUUGGUAUGGGGUCCGGGUCUAUAUGCACCACGCAAGAGGUUUGUGCAGUAGGGCGAGGACAGGCAACUGCUGUUUACAAGGUUUCAUCCAUUGCUACACAAAGUGGCAUUCCUGUCAUCGCAGAUGGUGGCAUUUCAUUUUCAGGGCAUAUUGUCAAAGCCCUGGUGCUCGGGGCUUCUACUGUAAUGAUGGGAAGCUUUUUGGCCGGAAGUACUGAAGCUCCUGGGUCUUAUGUGUAUGAUAAUAAGAAUGAGUGCUGGGUUAAAAAAUACCGUGGAAUGGGCUCCCUUGAAGCAAUGUCUAAAGGGAGUGAUCAAAGAUACUUGGGUGAUACUGCUAAGCUAAAGAUUGCUCAGGGAGUCGUGGGAUCAGUUAAAGAUAGAGGUUCUGUUUUGAAGUUUGUACCUUACAAUAUGCAAGCAGUCAAGCAAGGAUUCCAGGAUCUUGGCGCUUCCUCUUUGCAAGCUGCUCAUGAUUUAUUAAGGUCAAAGACACUUAGGCUUGAGGUUCGGACAACAGCAGCCCAAGCUGAGGGUGCAGUUCAUGGACUGACUUCAUAUAAGACGAAAGCCUUUUGA